AUGGAUAUUGAUUACGCUAGUGAUGAUGAUGAGGAGGAGGAGGAAGAAAACUCGACUACCCAAAGUCGUUCCUUUCACGAUCGAUCAUCAUAUUCAAGAAGACAUUCAUUCAAGAAGAGACUUGCUACUACUAAUACGGGUAGUAAUACUCAAACGAUUACUCUUCAAAACUGGGAUCCACAAACACCAUACAUGAACAAAAUUAAGUCAACAUCAUAUUUUUUCUUACAAGCUCGUUCUUCAAAUUCAAAACAAUCAUUAAUUGAUGUAUUUAAUCAACAUUAUGCGCAGUCAAAUUAUAAUAUUUCAAAUGAAUAUCAAUAUUUUGGUUUACGUAUUCUUACAUAUGCUUUAGAAUUAGAAUUGGAAUCAGUACAAUUAUUACGAACCGUUGCUUAUAAACUUGUUGAAUUUGAUCUUUACAAUUUAGCUGAGAAUAUUUUUCGACCUAUUGUAAAUUUGAGAUCGGACGAGCCACAAUCAUUUCGAGAUCUAGCAUUAUUAUUACAAGAAUCUAAUUCUGAAACAAAGAACCUUAUAGAAAUAUCAGAUCUAUUUAAGAAAGUUAUAUUUGGUGAAUGGGAUAAUUGUUAUUCAGAAAUUGAAGUUACCACAUUGCAUGAAUUGAAUUGUUUCAUAUUUCAAUUUCAUCAACAACAACAAAUAUUGAAUUCGAUUGAUAAUCGUCUUAUUCGUCAUUUACCUGUCGACUUAAGAAUUGUUAUGGAUUGGGAUACAAAUGAUACAGAUGUUGAUUUACAUGUCAUCGAACCGACAGGUGAAGAAUGUUAUUAUUCUCAUAAAAAUACAGCUAUUGGUGGUAUGAUAAGUCGUAAUUUUACACAAGGGUAUGGACCGGAAGAAUAUCUUGUUCGAAAGACAGUCAAAGGUACAUAUAUAGUUCGAGCAAAAUAUUUUGCUAAUCAUCAACAAAGUCUAACUGGUGCAACGACAAUCAUGGUACAUAUUUAUAAAUAUUAUGGACAAUCAAAUCAACAAAAAGAAAUUGUUACAUUACGAUUGAGUAGUAAUCAGGAAAUGAUCGAUGUAUGCAAAGUGAAUUUCAAUGAUGAUAUUCAAUAA